AGAAAAGUCCUCCUACAGACAGAAACAUGGCAUUUAAUGGUACUUGGAAAAUCGACAGAAAUGAGAACUAUGAAAAGUUCAUGGAGGCAAUGGGUAUUAAUGUGAUGAAGAGAAAGUUAGGAGCCCAUGAUAAUCUGAAGAUCACUAUUCAACAAGAUGGAAACAAAUUUACGGUCAAAGAAUCAAGCAACUUCCGUACUAUAGAUAUUGAAUUCACUCUGGGAGUCAAUUUUGACUACAGUCUGGCUGAUGGGACUGAACUUACUGGUUCUUGGAACAUGGAAGGAGAUAAACUUGUAGGAACAUUUACAAGAAAAGAUAAUGGAAAACCACUCAAAGCACACAGAGAAAUCAUAGGUGACGAACUUGUUCAGACCUAUGUAUAUGAAGGCGUUGAAGCCAAGAGAAUCUUCAAAAGGGGUUAAAUACUUCACCAAGAACAGCACCAGAAUCAAAAUCCAGUGAAACAGACCACGUUUCUACAUAUCCUCUGCUUUUUUUCCUUCUAACCACUCACAGCACCUCCUAGGCACAAUUCCUAAGUUGCAAUUAAGUAGCCCUAUUGAAAACACAGGCUAGUUUCUUAAGUUCCUUAUGUUUACAGUUUUGUCUGGAAUAAACAAAAUCUCAUUACAAUUUGAUACAAAUGCUAAAAUGGAAUUUGUACUAAAAGUCUUGCUGGGUGCCAUACUAGAAAAGGCUGCAGAAACUAUUUUCUAUGAGCAGAACAACCUUUUGGUUUGGUUUGGUUUUUUGUUUUUGCACUAGUUUUCAAAUGGCAACUGAGUUUCCCCACCAUAAAAUUUGUAUUUGUAAACA